UGUUUCAGUUUGGGAAACGGUAAAUUAUUGAACGUCUAAUCGUGACAUGUAACGUCGCAGGGGCUGGCGCUGAUAUGUGGUCGCUGCGUUGUAGUGAGGUCAGCAAGAUUGUAGUUGGUUUAGGGAACAUGCAGUUUGACAGCGGCAACUAGACAGGAUGUUAUGCAGAAUCAUCAACACACCGGGGAUAUGGGGUGCUUAAUUGCUGUGAAUGAAUAGAUGAACGACGUUGAAGUUUGAUUGCCUGAAGGUUUAUUUUGAGAUUCUGUGCGUAGUUUCUUGCUCCUCUCUUGACCAAGUAGGCACUUGACUUGAUCUGUUUGGAUCCUUAUGCACUCCACCUUUCGGAUAUCCUUGGAGCACGAAGGUUGUGAAUAUAUGAUGAAGUUUAAACCCAACCAGACGAGGAUUUAUGAUGGCGAAGGUUUCAAGAGAAGAGCGGCAUGUUUAUGUUUCAAGAAUGAAAAAGAGGACGAGGUGUUGCUGGUGAGCAGCAGUCGGCACCCAGACCAGUGGAUUGUCCCAGGAGGAGGGAUGGAGCCUGAGGAGGAGCCGUGUGGAGCAGCAGUCAGAGAGGUGUAUGAAGAGGAUCAUGUGACCAGAGCCAUGGGCUCCAGUCCUGGAAUGCUGCCAGUUGUUGUCAGGCUCCCAAAACAGUCAGAGGCCAGACCAAACUGCUGUGCGCUUCAGUCCUGGGGAUCCUCUCUUGAGACGGGCCAAACCAUGAACAGAGAGUUAACAUGCAAUCCUCUUCAUGGACAAUUCUGAGUUCUAUGGGAGCAGAGACACGCUGUUCCCUUUGGCUAGUCACGUUGAUCUGCUGGAAUUCCGUCUCGGCAUGAAAAUAUCCCACAGUCAGUCGAUGUUCCCAUCCGGCUUUUGCAGGGGGUGAGGGUAGAGUACUGUCAAACCUGUUGUCAUUGGUUGGGAAAAAUAUAAAAUAAAAUUGUAUUGGUCAAAUACACAUGGUUAGCGGAUGUUUUUGCGAGUGUGGCAAAAUGCUUGUGCUUCUAGUUCCGACAGUGCAGUAAUAUCUAACAAGUAAUCUAACAAUUCCACAACAACUACCUAAUACACACAAAUUCAAGUAAAGGGAUGGGAUAAGAAUAUAUACAUAUAAAUAUAUUGAUGAACAAUGACCGAGCGGCAUAGGCAAGAUGCAAAAGAUGGUGUAGAAUACAGUAUAGACAUAUGAUGAGUAAUGCAAGAUAUGUAAACAUUAUUAAAGUGGCAUUAUUAAAAUGACUAGUGAUCUAUUUAUUAAAGUGGCCAAUGAUUUCAAGUCUGAACAGGCAGUGACUCGGGUGGUUGUUGUCCUUUGAUAUUUUUGGCCUUCCUGUGACAUCGGAUGCUGUAGGUGUCCUGGAGGGCAGGUAGUUUGCCCCAGUGAUGCGUUGUGCUCUCCACCCUCUGGAGAGCCUUGCGGUUGUGGCCGGUGCAGUUGCCGUACCAGGUGGUGAUACAGCCCGACAGGAAGCUCUAAAUUGUAAAAAUCUGUAUAAGAUUGUGAGGGUUUUAGGUGACAAGCCAAAUUUCUUCAUCUUCUUGAGGUUGAAGAGGCACUGUUGCGCCUUCUUCAUCACACUGUCUGUGUGGGUGGACCAUUUCAGUUUGUCUAUGAUGUGUAUGCCGAGGAACUUAACUUCCACCUUCUCCACUACUGUCCUGUCGACGUGGAUAGAGGGGUGUUCCCUCUGCUGUUUCCUGAAGUCCACGAUCAUCUCCUUUUGUUUUGUUGACGUUGAGUGAGAGGUUGUUUUCCUGACACCACAAUCCGAGUGCCCUCACCUCCUCCCUGUAGGCUCUCAUUGUUGUUGGUAAUCAGGCCCACUACUGUUGUGUCAUCUACAAACUUUAUGAUUGAGUUGGAGGUGUGCAUGGCCACGCAGUCAUGGGUGCACAGGGAGUACAGGAGGGGUCUGAGCACGCACCCUUGUGGGGCCCCAGUGUUGAGAGUCAGCGAAGUGGAGAUGUUGUUUCCUACCUUCACUACCUGGGGGCGGCCCGUCAGGAACUCCAGGAUCCAAUCGCACAGGGCGUGGUUGAGACCCAGGGUCUCAAGCUUAAUGAUGAGCUUGGAGGGGACUAUUGUGUUGAAUGCUGAGCUGUAGGCAAUGAACAGCAUUCUUACAUGGGUAUUCUUUUCCAGAUGGGAUAUGUGCUUUACCAAAAUGAGCAAAUUUCUUGCUUGUGAAUAUCAUGAUAUAUGGAUUAUUUUUUUGUUGUUUUAAUUUGUGAUAAAUGACUCUAUCAUAAAGAACUGUAUUUGUUUUUGCUUAGUGAGUACCACUUUCCCCUGAUUCAGCUCUUACCAAGGCUUGAACCCAGGAUAUCUGCCUCGCAAACACACACUCCUGAAGCGUCGCGCACAGAAAAGCUAGCUAUGCUGCAGCGCAAGCUACAUUCAACCCCGAAACUCACUCCUCAGUUGAGCUGAGCGCUACUGAAAAUAUGGGUCACGGCACCAUUUUAAAGGACGUUACACUGCUUGCUUAGUGAAUACCACUUCACCCCUAUUCAGCUCAUACCGAGCCUUGACCUCAGGACCUCAGCCUCGUAAGCACAUGUGACCAUCUCCUAAAAGGUCUUACCCAGUCGUGCCACCGAAAAACUAGCUAUUCGGCAGCAUAAUUGGGGACAAUUCAGGCUGGGGAUGGAAUUUCACACAUCCCCUUAUGCUACACUUACAUUUAGGAGAAUUUGAUUCGGUUUUCUGAAAUGAAUUGUCUUGCUGAAGGUCAUUUAACAGUAUAGUACAGCUUUCUGUCCACUACAUGCUAGCCCUGUAACAUAACUUUUAAAAGUGUUUCUGUCUUGUGGAUAAUGUAGGAAGUGGGAAUGUAUUGGUAUUGGUGUUUAUAUACUAGCUGACUGUCCUUUGUUGUUAUCUGUAUGUCUGUGU